AUGGCCAUACCGGGGACACGACGGGCGCCAUUUUCCUUUGAUGUGGUGUUCAAUCUCCUGCUAUGCCUUCUGGCCUGCAGCUUUGCAUUAGCUCAAGACUUCAGCAGUGGCUCCCUCUCCCCCUCUGCAGAAGUGAUGGGCGGGAUUACCAUGGGCCUUGGCCUGAUUUUAGCCUUCGGAGGCAAGAGCAUAAUGCGACUGUAUUGUGCCGCGGCGGGGUUUCUGUUCGGAAUGGUCGCCUGUCAUUUGGCCUUGCUGCGCGUGCAAGCCUCGUAUGACAUGGGGCCAAACCGGGAACUGAUCGAGCUCAUAUGUGUCUUGAUUGCCGGUGUCAUUGGAGCGGCGCUGGGACUAUGCCUAUCUCAAUUUGCAGUGUUCCUCGUGGCGGUGCUCUUCGGUUUAGUGGUCACAAUGGCCCUCCUUGCCAUACCGGGCACGGAGCAAUUUCGCACGCGCCUGCCCCCGUGGGGCCUCGCGUUGAUCGUGGUGGCACUCUCCGUGGUCUUUUACUUCCUCUUGGAGUCGUAUUUGGUCGUGUUUUUCACGGCCUUGGUGGGUUCUGUGGCCUUUGCCAACGGCCUGGACGCGAUUUUGAAGACGGGGUUCAACGAGGAGCUGACCCAGGCCCUGACUUCCAAGGACCCUUCCGACGCGGAGCCCUUUCAGGGAACGGAGGACAUGUUGCCCAUUGUGUACGCCUUCUUUGGGUGCUUGGUCUUGGGGAUGAUCACGCAGGUGUGCGUCUCCCGGAAGAUGCGGAGACAGGCAGACGGGGAGGAGGACAGAAAAGCGCAGCAGCGACGACGGGGGAUGAUGUUUGAGGAAGAGAAGGACAUGGAGAGCGGGGGGGCGGUGGCACGCUUGUACUAA